AACUCAUAACGGUGUUUUUUUUAUUUAUUAAACCAAAACCUACUGUCUGUAUCAUGUGUACAGUCGUUACCGAAGGUUGUCAUUUAGCCAAUUAUAGUUAUAUCACGAUUUCAUAACUCUUUUAAGGUUUUGUAUGUGUGUGUGUGUGUGUGUCAAUGGCAAGCAAGAAGUUACGGAGGACGGGCGUCUCAGCUGAUCUCUGCGAGCGACUCAAGCGGCAUCAGGUGGAAACCUGCCAGGAUGUUCUGUCUGCCACUCCCGUGGAGCUCAUGCGGCUGGCCGGACUCAGUUAUUCCGCUGCUCUGGAGCUCCUGCGUCUGGUCAGUAAAGCUUGUUCACCGGCCGUGAGAACCGCACUGGAUUUAUGGAGGAAAAAGGGAGAGCUGUGUUUCUCCACAUCACUUCCUGUCCUGGACAGAUUACUGCAGGGAGGUCUGCCACGGGGUGCUCUCACUGAGGUGACCGGCCCAUCAGGCUGUGGAAAGACUCAGUUCUGUAUUAUGCUCAGCGUUUUGGCUACAUUGCCGAAGAGCAUGGGAGGUCUGGACAGUGGAGUCAUCUACAUCGACACAGAGUCGGCAUUCUCUGCUGAAAGACUGAUAGAAAUGGCACAGGCCCGAUUCCCAGAAUUCUUCUCGGUGAAGGAGCGUCUGCUGGAGAUGGCAUCUCGUGUUCAUCUCUUCAGGGAAUUGACCUGUCAGGAUGUCCUGAAUAGACUGGAGCGUCUGGAGGAGGACAUAAUUGCUUGUCGAGUGGGGCUCCUUAUUUUGGAUUCUGUGGCCUCUGUUGUAAGGAAGGAGUUUGACACGUCGCUGCCGGGUAAUCUAACGCACAGGAGUAACCUACUGGGCCAGGAAGCUGCUGUACUGAAGUACCUCUCGCAGGAGUUCUGCAUCCCAGUGGUUUUAACUAACCAGAUUACUACACAUGUGGGCGAGAAGGUUCACUGUCCUCAGAGGAGUCAGGCAGAUGUAUCUACUGAGGAGGACUCUGGGUUUGUGACAGCGGCGCUGGGAAACACAUGGAGUCACUGUGUUAACACACGCCUCAUUGUCCAGUAUGAAGACACAGAACGGAGACAGAUUAUCAUUGCCAAGUCUCCCGUGGCCCCUUUUGCUGUGCUGAGCUACACUGUUCAGAGGGAGGGCAUCCGUCUCGAGGGGAAUGAAAACCAAAGUUCUUUAAUCCAUGGAACAGAUCCAGGGCUUCAGCCAAUCAGAGUGAGGACGGGGUUCAUCUAUAACCUCUCCCAGGCCACGCCUUCUUCUUGCUGAGAACCCUUGGCUGCAGAACUUCGUGGCUGUUAUUGUCCUAUUUUUAAGGCCAGUAAACAAAUGUGAAGUGACUAAUGUUUUCUAUGUCAGUUAAACACUCAAUGCCGUCCAUUAUCUAAAGAUAACGAAGUGUGAUGAUGCAUUUGAACAUCAAGGUUUUUUCGAUGGUCAUUUGACUGCCCCAAUAUGACUAUACUGACACUUCAGUUAGCAUGAGGCUAUUGAAAUUGUAGAGGCACACAUAAUUUAAUAUUUAUCAUGCACCAUAGGUAUUCCUAACAAUUAAAUAAUAUGAUAUCUUUAUGAUUUCUUUCAGGUACAAGUCAUGGUUAAACAUUGCAGGAACAUGUGGUGGAUCAGCAGCUUCUUUAUGGCAACAAAGAACGACAGACACAAGGCGGACAGAGCAAACUCCACCAGUCGACGGCCAAGACUCCCCUUCGUAGAACAUUACCUCAGUUUUCAUCUAGUUAGAAAACUGCAACAUCAGUCAGCUAUUGAUUGACAGGCUUAAUUUUCCUCUCGCUAGUCGUGUGAUAAGACAGCAGUCUUGGCCAAACGCUUCUUGACCCUGACUGGCCGUUGCCAUGGCUUCUGUUCCCAUGACUCCUGUUCCCAUGGUUCCUCUGCCUUAAAGGGAAGUUUGUCUGAUUAGCUGAACAAUGGUGUUAUUUUGGGUGGUUCCUCCUUUUUCGGCUUGUUUUGCUUUUGGUUGUAUCUGCACAUAUAAGCAUUGACACAUCCUCUAUGGUCUAUUCCUUUCUAGUGAGUAAAGUGCAGUAAGUACAGCUUUUAAACUUCUGACAUUAAUAAAUCUAAUUGAUUUUCAAAUUCAA